GGCUUUGUCCCCUCCUCGGCUUCCGUAGAGGAAGUCGCGCGGAUCUUCCUCUGGGGUGUCGGUGCCCCCCUCCCCUUCCCCGGGGUCCGGGGGUGACAUUGCACCGCGCCCCUCGUGGGGUCGCGUCGCCACCCGACGCGGACUGCCCCAGCGGACGCGCUCCUCCCAUUUGCCUCCCUGGGCCAAGCCUCCACCCCGCCCCCCAGCCCCAGCCAUGGGGGCUGCGGUGUUUUUCGGAUGCACUUUCGUCGCGUUCGGUCCAGCCUUCGCUCUCUUCUUGAUCACUGUGGCAGGGGACCCUCUUCGCGUUAUCAUCCUGGUCGCGGGGAAGGCAGAUGAGGGCUUAGCAUCGCUGAGUGAGGACGGAAGAUCACCCAUCUCCAUCCGCCAGAUGGCUUAUGUUUCUGGUCUGUCCUUCGGUAUCAUCAGUGGUGUCUUCUCUGUUAUCAAUAUUUUGGCUGAUGCUCUGGGGCCAGGUGUGGUUGGGAUCCAUGGAGACUCACCCUAUUACUUCCUGACCUCAGCCUUUCUGACAGCAGCCGUCAUCCUGCUGCAUACUUUCUGGGGAGUUGUGUUCUUUGAUGCCUGUGAGAGGAGACGGUACUGGGCCCUGGUCCUGGUGGUUCUCAGUCACCUGCUGACCUCGGGACUGACAUUCCUGAACCCCCAGUAUGAGGCCAGCCUGCUGCCCAUCUAUGCAGUCACGGUAUCCAUGGGGCUCUGGGCCUUCAUCACAGCCGGAGGCUCCCUCCGAAGCAUCCAGCGCAGCCUCUCGUGUAAGGACUGACUACCUGGACCGAUCGCCCGACAGAUCCCACCUGCCUGUCCACUGCCCGUGACUGAGCCCAGCCCCAGCCCGGGUCCAUUGCCCACACUCGGUCUCCUCGUUGGUCGCUCCCGCCACCACCAGGGCUUUGUGUUGUCCAUCUGUGACCUUUAGUGUCUAAGCUUUGGCAGGAGCAGCCUGGGUUCAGCCAGUCAGGGACCGAUGUGGGUUUGAGUCUGCACUUAGCCCUCCUCCCCCCUGCCCUUGUCCAGGACGCCCUAUGUGUUAGUGCUCUGCUCUCACCCGCCCAUGACUCACCCCGCUUCCCCUCUGCAGGCCGACGGCAGGAGGACAGUCGGGUGAUGGUGUAUUCUGCCCUGCGCAUCCCACCCGAGGACUGAGGGAACAUGGGGGGGACCCCUGGGCCUGGGGUGCCCUCCUGAUCUCCUCGCCCUGUAUUUCUCCAUCUCCAGUUCUGGACAGUGCAGGUUGCCCAGCAAAGGGACUUAGCUUAGCUAUUGCCCUGGAGAGGAGAGUAAUGGAGGCUCAAGGGUAGACCAGCUGCCCCCUCCCCAGACUGACGUCUUAGUCUUUUCUCUCAGGUCUCAGAGGGGAACCCAUAUUUGGUGUGAUAACCAUCCCAACUGCCUUUUUUUUUUUUCCUUCUGAAAUUGGGGAAGGGAGGAGGAAUGUUGGAACAACUGUCACUUCCUUGGGCUACUUUUCCUCCCCCAACUCAAAUUGCUCCUGAUAGCUGGGCUCAUUUCUGUCCCCUUCCCCUUAGGUCCCAGGCCCUGGGGAAAAGGAAGGACGUGCAUGUUUGGGAACUGGUAUUACUGGAACUAAUGGUUUUAACCUCCUUGGCCACCAGCAUCCCUUCUCUCCCCAAGGUGAAGCGGAGGGUGCUGGGGUGAGCCUGCCUGCUCUGGAGCCACAGUGCCCCUGGACAGGUCAGGCCACCAUGAUAUCGCAGGGAAGGAGGGCAGAUUUUUUCUAGUUUUUAAUUGGGGUGUGGGGUGGGGAGGGAGGUUUUCUAUAAACUGUAUCAUUUUCUGCUGAGGAUGGGGUGUCCUGUCCUUUUAAUCAAGGUGACUGUGAUUUUGACUAAUAAAAAGGACUUUAUAA